AUGCUGACAACGUCUGUGGACCCGUAUAUGACAUCUGAAGUCGAAGGAAGUGGCGCAAAUACCGUUGCAGGUAGGACAUGCUGGGUGCAAGUGAGGAUUUCUUCCUGUCUCUCGAAGCUUACCUUGAAACGCUACUUAAAUAACGAUAUUAUCUAUCUAUCUAUCUAUCUAUCUAUCUAUCUAUCUAUCUAUCUGUUACUAUCUAUCUGUUUUAAUCUGUUACUAUCUAUCUAUUUCAAUCUGUCACUUUCCAUCUAUCUAUUUCAAUCUGUUACUAUCUAUCUAUCUAUCUAUCUAUCUAUCUAUUUCAACCUGUUUCUAUCUAUCUAUCUAUCUAUCUAUCUAUCUAUCUAUCUAUCUAUGUGUCUAUGUCAGUAUCUAUCUAUCUAUCUAUCUAUCUAUCUAUCUAUCUAUCUAUCUAUCUAUCUAUCUAUCUAUCUCAAUCUGUUUCUAUCUAUCUAUCUAUCUAUCUAUCUAUCUAUCUAUCUAUCUAUCUAUCUAUCUCAUCCCUUCCUCCCCUCCAAUCCACAACACUCUCUACAUUUAUUAUUUUUCCACAUCCUUCUAUCAAUUACUAUUCUCUCUUUUCUGUCUGAUUUUUUUUUUCUUCUUUUCAACUUCUUACAUUCGGCCCCUUCAUUUGGUUUCCACCAAUUCUUCAUCCCUUCUUAUCUUCCUUCUUUGCUCUUUUCUUUCUAUACAGUUAUACACGCCCACAUUUUUCUUUUUUUCAUUCUUUCUUUCUUUCUUUCUUUCUUUCUUCAAAAUGGUUCUUCUUCCUCUCUUUUUUCCUUUCUUCUUCAAUUCUUGCCUUUUCUCUUUUCUUUCUUUCUUUCUUUCUUUCUUUCUUUUUCUUUCUUCAAAAUGGUUCUUUUUCCUCUCUUUUUUCCUUUCUUCUUCAACUCUUGCCUUUUCUUUCUUUCUUUCUUUCUUUCUUUCUUUCUUUCUUUCUUUCUUUCUUUCUUUCUUUCUUUCCCUUUGCUUACGAUCAUCUUUCUUUUGAAGCAUUCUUUCUUUCUUCCUUUAACAGAAUUCUUUUUUCUCUCUCUUUUCUUUCUUUCUUUCUUUCUUUCUUUUUUUCUUUAUUUUGAAGCAUUUUUCUUUUUUAGCUUUCUUUCCUUUCGUUCAUUUUGA